AUGGACAACCCAAAGGAUCACUCUGAUCAGCCUGAGAAGUCCUCCACCCAGAAACCCCAGAAUGCUGGGGAUGAACAAUCUAAUGUUGUUCCUAUCUCCAGGAGUGAAGCUGUUGCUCCUACCCUAGUAGUGACUAUUGAAGCAACUGGGACUGUACCCCCAAGGUCUUCUAGUAUUGCUCCUCCUGCUAGAGUUCUGCAGGGUAGGAGUGGUGGUGGGGGUGGCGAUGUGACUGCUGGUGGUGGUGGCUCCGGAGAGGGAUCUAGGAAGAGAAGAUGGAGGAUCAAUGAUCCAGGCGCGUCAGGCAGUGGUGGUGGUGGUGGCCAGAGGCCUAGGAGGAGGGUUGAUGCUGGAGUACCAGCAGUUUGUGCAGUUUGCAGCAGGAGUUUUCCUUCAUUUUAUGCUUUGUUUGGGCAUCUCCGUUCGCAUAAUAAUAGAGAGUGGGGAGGUGCUUUUCCUCCACCAGCAUACAACCCUGACUGGGUUCAGAGGGGCACUGGUGAUAGUCAGCAGCAAUCGCCAGCAGCAACCCAGAAAGUGAUGGAACAAGAAGUGAUACCCGCGCUUCUUGAUGCUGCUCAAGAGACCCUUGCAAAAAUGAAUCAAGGAGAGCAAAUUGCUCCAAGCACAACAAGCAGGGAAGUAUUGGAACUUGAUCUUAAUGUUCAGCCCCAGGAGGGCGAAUCUGCUGGCCCUUCUUCUGCAGUACCUGAAACUACUGUUCUUGAUCUUAAUCUCCCACCCCCAAAAGAAGACGAUGAAGAUGCACCUGCUCCUUAA